UAAAAAAGUAUGAACUUGUGUAUGAUUUAGCUGCAGGAAGCAUUAAGAAGGGGAAAGACUGCAAACGGGACGCGGUAUACUCACUCGUUUAGCCUUUACUGAGGACGUGUUUGCCUUAUGGCUUCUCAGAGAGUGACUUUUUCCACCGGGUCACACUUUUUCUAGUGCGCUCCUUUUCCUAAUCCGGAGCAUUCAGCUUUUGAACCCGUGCUGUUUUUCCUCUUUCCCCACUGUGCGUAAUUUCUAUCCAGGGAAAAAAAAAAAAAGGCGACAUCACAACAACACGAGGACGAGGAAUCAAGAAAGAGAGAUCAAACGAUCCAGGGGGGGAAAAUGAAAGCCGUCUUGGAUAUCUGCUUGGUUUUCCUCAUGCUGCACACUCCCGGCGUGCUGUCCUUGUCCACACAUGUAGCAGUAAUAUACCCCCAGGACCCCGUCCUUCGCAUGGGGUCCAAACUGACCGCCAGCUGCUGGGUCCACCCUGACCUCGGCGUCCACGCCAGCUCUCUGUUCUGGACGCUCAACGGUCAACAGCUGCCCAGCUCCUUGUACAGAGUGCUGAGCCCGACCAACCUCAGUGUGACGCUGGCCGGACUCAACGCCUCCAGGCAGACGUCCGGCGACAACCUGGUCUGUCACAACCACAAAGGACACAUCUUGGCUGGCUCCUGCCUCUACGUCGGCAUGCCUCCAGAGAAGCCGGUCGAUCUGACCUGCUGGUCCAGGAACACCAAAGACCUGACUUGCAGCUGGGUCCCCGGAGGAAAAGGAGAGACUAACAUCAGCACACAGUACACUCUCAAGUACAAACUCAGGUGGUAUGGUAAGGAGAAGGAGUGUGAGGAUUACACUCAUACGCAACCUUACUACUGCAGCAUCACGCGGGACCUGCACCUCUUCACGCCCUACGAGAUCUGGGUGGAGGCCUCCAACCAGCUGGGCCGGGCUACCUCCGAUGUCAUCACCCUCGACAUCCUAGACGUGGUGACCACGGACCCUCCGUCAGGUGUGGCCGUCAGUCGUGUCGGUCAGUUAGAGGACCAGCUGAGUGUUCGCUGGGAGGCUCCGCCCGCUCUCAAAGACUUCCUGUUUCAGGCCAAAUACCAGAUCCGCUACAGACUGGAGGACAGCCAAGACUGGAAGGUGAUGGAUGACGUUGGGAAUCAGACAUCUUGUAGAUUGGCUGGACUGAGACCUGGAACAGUGUAUUUUGUCCAGGUUCGCUGUAACCCCGUGGGCAUCUACGGCUCUCGCAAAGCUGGGAUCUGGAGCGAGUGGAGCCAUCCUACUGCUGCAUCCACACCCCACAGUGAGCGGCUGAUUUCGGGCUCCUGCGACUCAAAGUCCAGCGGUGACUCCAACUCCACCCUUCGCAGGGAGCUGAAGCAGUUCUUCGGCUGGGUGCGGAAACACGCCUACGGCUGCAGCAGUAUGUCCAUGAAGCUGUACGACCAGUGGCGAGUGCUGAUGCAGAAAUCCCACAAAGUUCGCAACCAGGUAGGUUCUCCAAGGGGAUAAAUCCUAGCACACGCUGCUUUUACAAGCAGAAAACAAGUAUGUGUGUGUGUGUGUGUGUGUUUGUGUGUGUGAGAUAGAGAGAUUGUAUUCGUAUAUGGGAAUUAUAAGACAUUUUGCUCUGGACAUUUUGUGCAAAUACCAGCCGUGGCGACGAGAGGACAUAAACUGUGGGAUUUUUCUAGGCAACAUGAGAACCUUUUUUCUGUCUGAAAAGGUGCAACUGAUCCUGGUAUCAUCAUUAACAAAGAGACCACGUGGACUACUCUGCUUUCUCAAAGGAAGGUUGUAGCAUGAAUAACUCUAAAUGUGCUCAAAGGUGAUCGAAACAGAUUCAAACUAACUAAAAGUGUUGCCCGAGCAUCUGAAAGUAUUGUGUGACCUUUUGUUGAGUUUCUCUUGUGGAUCCAAAGCACCAUCUAGUGGCAGUUCAGCAUCCAUGGAUACUCCAAAUACUUUUCACUGUUGCUCUGACGAAAAAAGAAAAAGUACAAAGUUAUCAUACAGUAUUUCUAAGUCAUGCUUUGUCAUAUAAGUGCCAAACUGGUUCACCCAGCAUUCAUGUGUUUCUGAGCGACAGUAUGUGACUGAUGACGUGAUGAUGUUUGUGUCUGGAGACGUUUCACUGCCUUUAUUUUUGUACUGAAUUGUACCAGCAUAUUUAAAUCUGUAUAAAGUUAUGUUUUAUGUCUUAAGUUAUGUUUAGUUAGUAAAGAAAUAUCAAUGACUGAAGUUGUUAUCGAUCUCUAAUGUUGUAUAAAGAUGUUGUCAGAAACAGAGUUUGGAAAUGAGUUGGCUGCACGCUACAGCAGACACUAUAAUACAACAAUAUGCAUAUGUUCCCAUUGCUCCAUAGAGUAUGACUUACUGCUCAACACAUGUCCUGCUGUACAGACUCUGGUUCCGAUUGUCUGAGCUGAAAUAUUUAUAAAACUGCCACGUAUAAGGACAAAAAGAACACGUCAUAAUAUGGAACAGAAUUUCAUUUUCUCUCCAUAUUGCCACCAAAAUAAGCAGAAUGCAUGCAAUAAAUGUGUGAUACUAUCAGUGGAAGAUGAAAUGUUUGGUCAGAAAUCAGUUCUGUGUUCUUUAUUAACUCUUUAUCUAGUGUGGAUAUGAGACUUGACAUCUGUGCACGUUGUGACUCAAGGUCUGCAGAUCAACCCCCAAGCUACAGCAGCGCCAAUUAAAAUUUGUAACUUUAAUAUUCAAAAGCUGUUUAGACGUUUGGGGAGACACCCCCAGGCAAAAAACAUUGCGUUUCAUGCACUGGUCAAAUUUUGAACUAUUUUGUUACGGUGUUUAUUUUACUACUUUGACUAUUUGCAUCUAUAGGUUUCUUAACUGCUUUAAAAGUUAGGAUAAGCCUCAUUUGCAUUUUAAAACAUAAAAUUUCAGAAAACUUGUAAUACAAAAAAUAAAAUUUAAUUUAAAAUAGAAUCAUUAAAUAGGGAAGUUUCGUGGUGAUAUUUAUUAGGUGUUUUUUCUUUUACCCCAUAUUCGCCUGUAGUGUCUUCAAAAUGUAUGGAAAUUUACAAUCCAUACCUUUGAAGGACGUGUUCUACUACUAUAGUCCCCCUAAGCUGCGGCUGGUUCCAGAUCGGCUUUAACAAAGUGAGAUGUGAACAUGCUCAGUCAUCAAGAACAGUUAAAACUCCACCAACACUUCGAAAGUAAAGAACAACUUAAUUGUGAUACCAACGCGUUUCAGCUUGUGGCCUUCAUCCGUCUCAUCAUACGACCUCUUGAGACUUUGUCACUCUUCCGUGCUCCUUGGAAGUAUAGUUCUUAAUGUGUUUAAGAACCAUGGCCAAGCUUACAAUAGUUUUAGCAACCAGAGAAGAAUGGAAAAGGUUAUGUUAUUGAAAUCUCUUGAAGGUGCAAAAAAAAGUGUCUUGAUAAACAUUCUCAGUGGCCAAGAAAAGCAUCUACGCCUCAUAAUUUAGCAUUUAGGAGGAGAAACAUAAAAAGCUGUCCACACGGUGGAGCUGUCUGCACCUAAAUCGAAGUAGUUCUUCCUUGGUCGUGGCCUUACUUUCCAACAAUUUCCAUUGGACUCAUGAAUGCUGACUAAUAACUAAAAGGAAAAACAAACAAUUAGGAAUGCAAACCUUGGGGAGGGCAAUAAAAAUCUCUGACAUCUUUGACCAAUGCCUUCCCUAAGGAAUCCAGGCUGCAUCUGGAUCCCAGUCCCACAACAACA